UGUUGAUUAGGUCAGCUACGCAUGGAAAAAAGCACAUUUCCACACUGGACAAAUUAUUAGUUGUAUGUUUUACAUAUGGUGCAUGCUGAUUGUGCACAAAUAACUAGGCACGGCCCUGUCAGUGCCCGCAACAUCACAUCCUGUGCAGGCCAGUGCCCGACGGGGUACUACUCCAGUGACGGGUUUAAGCCCUGCCAGCCGUGCCCGCAGGGCUCCUACCAGCCUGACCCGGGCCGAACGCUCUGCUUCCCCUGUGGAGGGGGGCUGAGCACCAAACGUGAAGGGGCCAGCUCCUUCCACGACUGUGAGGCCAAAGUCCAGUGCUCUCCUGGGCAUUACUACAACACCACGGUUCAUCGGUGCAUUCGCUGCCCUCUUGGCACAUACCAGACUGAGUUCCGGCAGAACUACUGCAUCUCCUGCCCUGGCAACAUCACUACCGAAUUCGAUGGAGCCACCUCUGUCUCCCAAUGCAAGAAUAGGGAGUGUGGGGGAGAGAUGGGCGAGUUUACUGGCUAUAUUGAGUCGCCCAACUAUCCAGGAAACUACCCCACCAACGUGGAAUGCACCUGCACACCUACGCCCACCCUGAAUGUGACAAUGAACACCACACCACUUUUACGUGCCUGA